AUGGUGGCCAGCUUGGCAGGUCUACGGUUCUUGUUGAUGAUAUUGUUGUUCUGCGGGAUCGGAUACGGCGCCUGCAGCCAGGAAGCCCCGCUGGUUCUGGGGCUGCGACUGGAAGAUCCGACGGGUCUGGUGUAUAUGAAGGAUCGGAUCCUCUCGGCGCCAGAAGGAGCCACGUUCAAGAUCCGUCUCUUCGGGGCUGAUCUGAAUGGAAGCUGGCCGUGGGUGGCGUUCGCGAGGGCAGCUGGCGGAGCCGCCGGGGCGGUCGGGGAUGCGCCUGACCCGUGCGCGGAGGAGUCCAACCGUCACGAGUCCGCUUUCCAGGUGACCGGUUCUUUCGAGCCGGAUGAGGACUACAGCGGGCUCUUAACGGUGGAGGUCCAGCAGAGGAGCAUUUCUGGCGAGCAGACCUACCACCACCUGUGCGUGCUGAGCGGAGGCAAAUGGGAAUCUGCGGGCCCGGACAGACUGCGGAUAAACCCGGACAAGAAUCAGCCCGCAGACUACAUCCCGCCCUGGGGUCUGGCCGUGCUGAUAGUGGUCCUGCUGGUGAUCUGCGCGGUGCUGAGGACUGUGAACCUGAGCCUGCUGUGGCUGGACCCCGUGGAGCUCUAUGUGCUUCACAGCUGUGGUUCCGAGGAGGAGAAACGGGCCGCCAAGCGCCUGGAGCCAAUCAGGAGGAGGGGGAACUUCUUGACAUGCGCCCUGCUGUUCCUGUGUGCUCUGGGACACUCGGUCCUGGGGGUCCUCCUGUACCAGGCGCUGGGCUCCAUCGUCUCCGCCGUGUUCACCAGCGGCUUCCUCAUCUUCUUCCUGGCCGAGCUGGGCCCUCACAUCCUGUGCUCCGGUUACGGGUUCCAGCUGGCCCCUGGUCUGACCUGGCUGGCCCAGGUUUGUAUGGUCCUAACAUGCCCCCUGUCCUGCCCUAUGGGGCUGAUCCUGGACCUGGCGCUGAGGAGGGACAUCAGCACCUGUGGGAUAAGGGAAAGAGCCAUGGAGAUGAUCCGUACCAGCAACAACGACCCUUACAGUGAGUUUGUGAAGGAGGAGUUCAGCCGCGGGAUGCUGCGCACCAAGACCGUGGAGGACAUCCUGACCCCCCUGAAGGACUGCUUCAUGCUGCCCAGCUCGGUCAUCCUGGACUUCUCCACCAUGUCUGAGAUCAUGCAGAGCGGAUACACUCGGGUGCCCAUAUACGAGGAGGAGAGGGCCAACAUCGUGGAGAUCCUGUACGUGAAAGACCUGGCUCUGGUGGACCCGGACGACUGCACCCCUAUGACGACCAUCACCAAGUUCUACAAUCACCCGCUGCACUACGUCUUCAACGACACCAAACUGGACGCCAUGCUGGAGGAGUUCAAGAAAGGCAACUCCCACAUGGCCAUCGUCCAGAAGGUGAACAACGAGGGAGAGGGAGAUCCUUUCUACGAGGUGCUGGGAUUGGUCACCUUAGAGGAUGUCAUCGAGGAGAUCAUCAAGUCAGAGAUCCUGGAUGAGUCUGACGGCUACUUGGACCGGAAAGUGAAGCGUCCCCUCGCGCCGCUGGAGAUACCUCUGGAGCCUCGCAGCGUCCACGAGGAGUUUUCUCUUUUCAAGCCACCUGAAGGAGAACCCAAGAUCCGAACCUCGCCACAACUCCUGCUGGCAACACACCGCUUCCUGUCCAGAGAAGUGGAGCACUUCAGCCCCGGACGUGUGUCCGAGAAGGUCUUGUUCCACCUGCUCCGUCACCCCAGUGUCAACCAGGAAGUGCACUUUGACCCAAACAACCGGCUGAGCGCGGGGCACUAUCUCUACACACGAAACCACCCGGUGGACUAUUUCAUCCUGCUGCUGCAGGGUCGUGUGGAGGUGGAGAUCGGUAAAGAGGGGCUGAAGUUUGAGAAUGGGGCUUUCACAUACUACGGCGUGUCUGCUCUAACGCUGCCAUCUUCAGUGCACCAGUCUCCAGUGUCGACCCAGCGUCACUCUCCCAGGGAUCCCUUUGACUCAGCAGAAGCUACAAGCUCGUCCAGCUAUUGUCCCGACUACACCGUCCGAGCGCUCACAGACCUGCAGCUCAUUCGGGUGACACGUCUCCAGUAUUUGAACGCGCUCAUGGCGUCGCGGGUCGGCCAGAGUCCAGAUCCUCCUGAGAUUAAGAUCCUGCCCAACAGUCAGACCAAGCUGCUCAACGACAGGAACACCACACAAGGUGGCAGUAGAACGCAGGAGACCUCCACAGAAGACGAGUCUCAUGGGUAACGCGGUUCUGUCUGCCCCGCUGUUAAAGACCUCCUUCAACCACGUAGAGAUUUUAGUUUGUUGUUUGUUUUUUACUGAUGAAUCAUCUAUGGCUGGAACGUAGUUAUUGGACAAGACUGGAGUGAUUUUUAUCUGAAGAUUCGCCGCUCACACUUCUCAUCUCCAUCCCGAUUCAUGUAUGUGCUUUUUAUUGCAUUUAUUAUCUUAUGUUUUUUUUAUACACUAUAGACUAUAUGGGUGUAUAUAUAAUAUAUAAAUACAUUUUAUUUUAAUUUGGCGGUGCCUUCCUUCCAGGUUUAGCCUUUCGUACCAAGCGCUGCAUUGCCAUUCCUCACUUUUGCCUGUCUGGGUGCCAAAGCUUACGUUUGUGUGUGUGUGUGUGUGUGUGUGUGUGUGUGUGUACUGAAGAAUCCGUCCGUUUGAGACACUAAAAACACACAAGUUGGCUAAAAGCAGAUUUGCACAUUAAAUGUGUGCCCUGUUGAUAGUAUGAAGCCGUUAAGGUACGUCCGGAUUUUAAACCCACACACAACACUGCAGCCAGACGUAGAGGUGCGUUUGCUCGCGUGUGUGUAACCAAAAAAAUGAUUUCAUCUUUGAGCUUUCAAUGGCUGAUGGUUAGUUUAUACUUUAAAUCUUCAAGUUAAAAGAAGUGUUGCGUAAAGGUCUUCCAGAGUGGCCCAGGACGUGAUGCAAAGUUCAAAAAUUAAAAGCAUUAAACUGUCCGUGCUAACAGAGAGUGAGUAUUUUGAUAAUUAAUUAAUCUUUUAGUCAUUUUUCAUGCAGAAAAACUUUGUCUUGCGUGAUAAUAAACUGAAUAUCUUUGGGUUUUGGACUGUCUGUCAGGCAAAACAAGAUAUUUGAAGAUGUCAUCUUGGGCUUUAAGACAAAUGUGAUUGGAAAUUUUAAUAGAUCAAAUGAUUAACAGAGAAAAUAAUCUCCAGACUAAUGAAAAUAAUUUUCCGUCGCAGCCCUAGUUGUAUUUUAAAGGCCAAUUUAUACUUCUGCGCCGAUUCUACGCCGUAGCCUGGCGCGCAUCUCCCCCAAAAUGCCGCCAUUGUAGCAGCCCAAAACACCAACGCACAAGUGUAAAUGCUCACGACGGCGUAGACUUGUCGCAGAAGUAUAAAUUGGCCUUAUCGUGUUUCAGGUUGUGUAUUUUUUGCCAAACAGUAUCUCAGAAUGAGCUUCAUUGAAGUGUGUAGUUUGACUCUGCAGCGAAACCGACCUUCAGGCGAGAGGCAGGACUGACGGAGAUGAUUGGUCAGCAGGGCUGUGUAUGAAACCUCAGUGCUGUUGUUUUUGGUGCCAACUCAUCAGAUGGCAUCAAUCUGGUCAGAUUCAUAAUUUAGUGUUUUUUUUAUAUGAGAUAAUCCCUGAUUGUUUCAGUUAUUUUAAGGAUUUUAGACUGUAUUUAUUCGGGCGAUGUUCUUUUUUUAGACUAUAUUUAGUUCUGUAUUUUGAUGGUUAGAUGAAACAAGCAUUUCUGACAUUUUUAUUGCCACAGCUAUUUAUCAAAUAUCAAAUAACCAGCAGAUUAAUUGAUAAUAAAAUAAUUGUUUGUUGCACAUGUUUAUAUGUCUCAAAGUAUUAAAAGAUAUUUAAAAACCUUUUUCGAUACCAAAACUCAGAUAGCAGCACUACACUAACCCAGUCCUACUGUAUAGUCUAAUUACUGUAAUUGAUCACCAGGAAAUCUAACGAUGAUUUUGAUCAUCAAUCGAUCCUAAAAGUCAUUUUUCAAGCGAAAAUGCCAAAACAUGUGCAGGUUCCAGCUACUUUAGAUCAUCGUAAUCUGAAUACAUCUUUGGGUCUUGGAUUGUUUGUCACAGACGUCACUUUGGGCUUUAAGAAAUAGUGAUUAUUGUUUUGGUAUUUUGUCACUAUAUUCUUACCUUUUUAUAGACAGAAUAGCAAAUCAGAAGAAAAAAAAAUGAGGGAGAGUAUUAGUUAAUAAAGUUCCUUGCAGCUCCAUGUUCCUAUCCUGGGAUAGAUUAAGGAUAAAGCUGGAGAUAUUCUACAACGUUGUUAAUAAAUCCUAUAAAAACAAAACAAAACCAACAACGUACUCUGUCAGUGACUCCUGCUGAAGACGUAAAUAUUUAACACCUCACAAAUACAUUUUACAAUUGUGCAUUUGUUAGGGACUAUUUUCAGCGGCGAGCUCUGCGGCGUUCAGUGAAGCUUUUUAGGAUUUGUUGACAUUGAGAAAAAUCUAGAAUAUCACCAGACUUUUCCUUAAAUGUAAACGUGGCGGUGCUUCUAAAAAGACGUUGAUUGUGUGACGAGUCGUGUCGACCCAGGUUGAUGCGCUUUGAUAUUUGAGGGGAGCCCCAAGACAAACACAUUAAGCAAGGCAUCGGAGAAUCUGUGGUCCAGCAGAGGGCGCUAUUAUUCUGAAGCCUGCACUUCAUCUCAUGUAAUUUAAACCCUGGCACAGGAAUUCAGAUUAACAGUAAAUCAGCAUGUGGUCAGAUUCAGCUGUAAACAUCCCUUUAUUCGUCCAAGGAGAUUCAUGUUUCCUACAAAUCUUAAAGCACCUUGUUUGUUAUCCUGUCUGAUAUAUUUGAGUCCUGUUCACAUUCCAGUACAUGUUCACAUCUGUCUGUUUUUAUCUGUCUAUGAAUGUGUGUGUUUGUGUGUGUGAGACAUACAGUAUUUCACUAAUACAUGUCAGCAAGCAAGCAUCCAGCCUUCCUCUUAACUCCCAUAUGUGUAUGUUGAUACCAUAACAUGCAUUUUAAGCAUCCGUCAGUCAUUCUUGCAUGUGUGUAAACGUGUGAAAUAUGUCAGAAAUUAUCUAAACUACCCCCCUUGUGCUCCCUGUGUUUGUACAUUAAUAUAUUAUAAUGAUUAGGAGGAAAAGGGCGAGGCAGAAUCUCUCCACAACAAAACAGUGGUCAGGUUUGGAUUCUCCAAGUUUUAUUUUAAUGUAAUACUCACGCGCCCAAAUGUACGUUGAGAAAGUCGCUGUGAUCAUUCCUCCUAUGCAUACUGGUUAGAAAGCGACUCCUUUUGUAGUGCGACUACAAAAAAGUUUAAAAUGUUGAGGACAAACGGAAACGGGGGAUAACGGUGGAGGCUAUCGGACAGCCUUUCCUGCAUUCACUACGUUGCACUUUAGUGGUUCACACAUAAAUAGGAAAAGGAGCUUUAAAGAGCUGACUGAAGUGGGUGUGAAUGUUGGAUGGCGGGUUUCAGAUAGUUACAGAACUGUGAAGAAGGCAAGAAGGUGGUAGAGGAAGUUAUCCGACCCCUAACCAUGACCUAAUCUGACCCCGUCCAUAACCUUAUCUAAACCCUAACCAUGACCUAAUCCAAGCUCUAACCAUUAACUCAUCUAAACCAUAACCUAAGCUCUACCCGUAACCUUCAGUGUAGUCGCAGCACAGGGGGAUUUCCUCCAAACAGUUACACUCUCUCAGCAUAUAUACACAAGGGUAUGUGAGUACUGCAUUAAAGUAAAGAAAUCCGAGCUGAACAUUGACGCAGCAGCAGCGAGGUUGCGUGGGAGUCGGCUCUGCGCCAGCUGCGUUCGCACAUUAGCACCGUUUCUGUCUCUUUGCAUUUGGAUUCCACUUGUGUGUUUGAUUUUGCCAUAUUCCAGGAGACGUUUUUGAUUCUGAGUAAAUAUUUUUCAGCUGUUUACUUUUUACUUUGAAACUUCAUUUCUUUGGUAUCGGAAGACUGAAUGUAAAAAGAUAAUCAUUACUUUGUGCUACUUAUACUGAUUGAGAUAGAUGCUGGUUGGGGGUGAUGUGGAGAACUGUGUAUUAAUAUAUGACUGCUUAGAGUAUAAUUCCAGGAUGUAGUUUUUUAGGUAAUUGGUCUCAGUUUUCAGGUACAGCAACACUGUUACUACAAGAGUUAUUGAGGACUAAACUGUUAAGUCAAUUACUCUUUCUGUCCAGGUUACAUUUGUAUAGAAACUCUCAAUUUUGUUAUUAUUAUUAUUAUUAUUAUUAUUUUAGGGUAUGCUGCCGGUUUUGGGUGUAUUGAGACUCCAUUGCAUUUAACACUUUCAAUAAUCAAGUUUCUUAGGAAAUAAACUCAAUCCUAUUCAAAAUGUG